AUGUCUCUUCAACAACAACCAACGACCAAUAAUAUACUUGUUCUCGGAAUGACUCGUCGUAUUCUCAUGUUCUCAAUGUGUCUAGUUGCUGCAACCAUUCUCAUUCUCUUCUUCCUUCCUUCCAACAUUGAAAGUCAAACCUUGUCUUCGUCUUCAACUGUUUCUGCUCCUUCUCCUCGUAAUCAUACCAAAGACACUUCUUCAGUGAGUUUGGAUCCUCUCGAACAAGAUUUACAACAACAACAUCUCCAUGAACGAUAUAUGCAAACGUUUUGGAUUCAUCGAGAACAUUAUAAAUUUAAUUCAGCAGUUUUGUUUGAGACUGUGACUUGGUGGUUGAUGAUUGUGAUGGGAGUGGUGUAUGUGGCUAUGGAAGGACCAAAAACAUUGUCGUGGUUGGGUUUGAAUGGAAAGAAGAAGAAGGAACAGGAACCAUUGAAGGAAAAGUCUCAUUGA